UAUUGCGUUCAUUUUUCGAUAAAACCAGUUUUCGAUUUAUUAUGUUUCCGAUACAAGAAAGAAAGUAACUAGUUCAUAGCAUGUAGCAAAGUAAUAAACAUGAUAUUGUGUGUACUAGUUUUUGUGUUAUCGUCAACUACUUUGUCACAGCAGCAUUUGUCACACCCUAUCAACUUCUGCAGCAUGGCGUCAACAUGUAUCCACGACGGACGAGGUGUUUGUGCAUCUUCGCCUGAUGGCUGCAGUCGACGUAGUUUCCUCGACCAAUGCGACAUGUAUGAGUACAACUGCGAUUAUGGCACUCAAUUUAUGACGAAAGUAUCAAACCCGUGUACUGACGGUCAACCUGACUUUUUGUGCUAAUUUACUUAAUACUUAACCAAAACCGUAUGGAAAUAAAUGUUAUGAUUGC